GUGUGGCAGGUUCCAUUGUGACAACAUGCCCCGCUGCCCUCAGCAUGUGUUUAUUAUCAUCUCAGUGCAUUAUUAUCAACAGUGAGUGAAGUUGGAGUAGCCUAUAAGUCAUGUGAUGUUGAGACUGUGAGUGUGUGAGUAUGGGAGGUGCCCGAGCCCUCAGAAACACGCUGCUGUAGUUCAGGCACAAACACAACUCUCAGUUCACAGUGACGGGCGCGAGGGACGAGUCAUAUCUCUAGUUGAUAAAAGUUUUGACCCUGUCUAUGAAUGUGAAAGUGCAAGGACCUCGAUGUGAAUUACCAUGGAACAAGAGGAGAGCAAAAUCUCGGUGUGGGUAUGCCGGGAGGAGAAGCUGGUGUCCGGACUGUCCAGACGCACCACCUGCGCGGACGUGGUGAAAGUGCUGCUGGAGGACCAGAACUUACAGCAGCAAGGCUCGAUGCUCAGCGGUACUCCACAGUCGUACUGUAUCGUGGAGAAAUGGAGGGGUUUCGAGCGGAUUCUGCCGAAUAAAACGAAAAUUCUACGGCUGUGGGGCGCAUGGGGCGACGAGCAGGAAAACGUGCGCUUCGUCCUGGUCAGAAGCGAUGCGUCGCUGCCCAACAGCGGACCGAGGAGCGCCGAGGCUCGGGUCGUGCUCAGCAAAGAGAGCCCCAGCACUGCCAGAACCACCAUGCCAUUUUCACAGGAAAAACAGCGGAGGAUUGUGCGGAAGGCGUUCAGAAAGUUGGAUAAAAUUAAUAGGAAGAAAGAGGAGGCUUCCAAAGACAAAUCUGCGGAGAAAAUGGAAACGCUCGUUCAUCUUAUUAUUUCGCAGGAUCAUACUAUUCGACAGCAGGUACAGCGAAUAAAAGAGUUGGACUGUGAAAUCGAGAGGUAUGAAUCAAAAGUUCACUUUGACAGAAUGAAAGUACACGGCGUGAACUAUGUGCAAGACACGUAUUUGCUCGAUCAGGGCUUGGAUACCGAUUCCAGCGCGCAUCCGGACGCGUCCUUUGCGCAGUUUGAGGAAUACGCGUCACGCUGCGACCAAGUCAUUCAACUUCAGGAGGAACUAACCGAGAGGGAAGCUCUGAUGGAGAUACUUACCGGUGAAAUACAAGAAGAACUCAACCAAAGGUGGAUGAGGCGGCGGCAGGAGGAGCUCUCCAACAAAGACGCGGAAAGCACUGGAGAAGAAACGGCUCUCAAGGUGACUACGGUCCCUGAGGAGCCGGUCCCGGACCUCCUAACAGACAAUGAACUCCAAUUAGAGGAGGAGAGGAUCAAAACACAACUGGAUACGAGUUUAUACAUCGGGCUGCGCUUGAACACCGAUCUGGAGACGGUGAAGAGCGACUUGGAUAUGAGUCAGGAGCUUUUGGACGCGAAGGAACAGGAGCUGAGGGAAUUACUUGAAAAGGUUCACAGAUUAGACGAGCUGGAAGGGAAACAGACUGAAGACAGCAAAGAUGAGGGAGAAACUGAACAAUUGCCUUCCGUAGACAAUGUUUGGGUUGAGCAGGCGAGGGGACUGUCAAAAACAUGCGCCAAUGAUGAUGAUUCGGACACCGGACUGAGUUCAAUGCACAGCCAAGACUCGGAUAACGCACCUGUUUGUGAGUCACUUGUGUGACACGGACGUACUGCUGUUGAUGCAAUUGAAAUCGUAACGCGAACUCAGGGAAAAUUUCGCCUCUUAUAGAUUUCAGUAAUAUUCUCUCUUUAUAAGAGAGGAAUGCAUGUAAAUUAUACCAGUGUAGUGUUAUGAUCGCCUCACUCUCUAAUUGCCUCACUUAUACACAUGGAGAAUAGCUUAUAAGGUGCAGCUUACCAAAAUAUAACUAAUUAACCAAUGCAUAGACUGAGAGAUGUCCACUGUGUGCUGACUAAUGUUAUAAUACCAACACUAUGUAUUUGUGUUAUGUAGCCUUAUGUUUAAAUGUUAGAAUUGAGAGUUUUGUGGUUUAGUUCAUGCAGCUUUGCUCUUCCUAAAUGUUGAAUAUAAGCAGAUAUAUGGAAAAAUAUUGAUGACUCAUCCUGCACUGUGAUUUUUGUCCAAUCAGAUGCUCUCUAGAAUGAGAAUGACUAGCAAAUGAAACAUCACAGUUUUUUGGCUGAUACUGGAAUCUGUUAACUAUUUAAAAUAAAAGGGACGAGCCUUUUGAUAUGCCCCACUUACACUUCCUGUUUUAACAGGAAAUGUCAACACAGGAAAAAAAAUCUGAGCUGUAGCAAGGAAAGUCUGUUCACUCGGCGGCCAUAUUUGCAACACCUCCGGGCAGCUAUUUCGCACAUCCAAGACCAAGUCCUGUCUAUUUGAAUGGGGGAAUCCUGAAAUCUCAAAAACUGCUUGCCGAGCUCACAAUUAAAUAACAUAUUUCAAAUCAGCAAAAAAAUCUGUCAUGAACCGUCCCAUAAAUGUUGUUUCUUAUGCUCAAAUAGCAUUUAAAAGCUUAUUUUCCAGGCUAGGUGAGCCAAUGUGCAUGUGCAGUCCUAAGUGCGAGUCCCAGGUUUCUACCGGAGCUUCUAACGGCAGCUGCAGUGACGCAAUGACUUUACCAAUCAGCGAUUGGCUCUUUUACUUAGAAGGCGGGACAUAUUCCGCCAUAUUGCGCGUUGUAGUUUCUCCCAUUCAUAAAUAGGAGUGAACCGUCUUUCUAUAUCUAAAGUCUUUGGCUGUAGUUCUGUCACAUCCAUUAACCAUGAUUUGCUAGUCAGUUUGCAGGUGGUGUUAGGGGGUGGGGCAUUCUCCUUUUAGAGAGCAUCUGAUUGGACAAAAAUCUGUGUAGUGCAGGAUGAGUCAUCGUUUUUUUUUUGGUCAUUUUUACCAGACGAGUAACAUUGCAAAUAUGUAAUGUUUACAUUUGCAUAUUUGCUAAAAGUGAAUUUUGUCAACGUUUAGCAUAUAGAACUUCUCAAAAUUAAGGCUCUGUUUACACUAGUGCAGUUUCGUUUCACUACGGUUACGCCUGUCGUUUACACUACGCCGGCGUUUUCGAACCUCGAAAACGGAGACUUUCGAAAACGCUGCAGAGUCCGUUUUAGUUUGAAAAACAAAAACGCACUAGUGCAAACGGGGCCUCAAGCACAUCAACUAAAAACCACAAAACUCUAAUUUUUAUUUAAUGGAGUCUUUAAAUGUCUACGGAAUUAUUUAUUGUACAACAUUUAGGCUGAUAAAUUAAGCAAAUAUGUGGAAACCACUUCCAUCUUCACCGGGUGAAUAAUUCGAAUGAUUCACUAAAAGCUCUUACACAAGGAAUCAAUUUGCAUAACCAGAAAACAUUCUGAGCUGUGGGAACUAAAGUUGUGGGAAUCAAAAGGUGCGUGUGACGCACCGCUGUUUAUUCAUACCUUUGAGGAGCUGAUGCACGUGAAUCCCUGUUUGCUUACAGUGAAGAGACAGACUAAAGCAAUUUCAGUGAGACUGAUCUAAUUAAACUAAACAUACAGUCCUCUAAACAUGCUGGAAUUUGCAGUUAAGUCAUUUCUGCCUAAUCUUUUUCUUUAUACGCAUUCAUUUUCUUGUCACAAGGGACCUUUCAGCAUCAAAUGUAUUUUGUGGUUGACUAAUUUCACACAAUGAAUAUGAUUUCUCCAUUGCAACUAAUAGCUAAAUUAUCAAGUGGAAUGCGCAAAUAUGUUUUUUUAAAAAAAAUAAUAAUUUCAUCUCAUUUUGUGGUUGCUUUCAAAGUCAUUUAUGAAUUAGAUUUAAUGUCAAAAUCAAACUUUGUUGCUGCUGUAGUACUCUAGUCAGAUAUAGCCUACACUAAAAACAUGCCACAAACUGUACAUUCUGCUCCGGCAUGACCUCAGCACAGUAACCAACACAAAGUUUCUUAAGUUUGGGCAGGGCAUCCAUCCAACCCUCAAUGCAGCAGUGUCAUCGAGUUCAGGGAUUCUGUGGUGUAUAAAGAGGAUUUAAGAGUUAAGCCUUAAAUGUGAUGUUUAAAAACAGAGGAAGAAAAGGGAAAGAACCGCCCUCCCACUUCAUUCUUAAUUACGUACAGUUUUAAAACAGAUGAAUUAUGGCAUUUGGAAAAGCGCUAGUAUGUCAGUACCCUCCAAAUUUGCAGAUUGUGUAAAAGAGUGUCCGUAUCUUCAAGUUUUUAACAUCAAAUUAAAGUUAAAGAGUACUGAAAUACCUACACUUGAUGAUUUUUGCUCUAAAUUUGUCAAUAAAUAAUUAGCCAUUUAAUUUCCCUUCAUUUAAAAUGCAGCAAAUCCAUCAGGAGUCAUAUAAAAGAGGGGGAAAUUCUGGGUAUGGUGUUCUGUUGGCAACAGUAUGUGUUCUGUGAUUAAAGUCGAAGAGGAGGAGGAGGAGGGGACAGAUGAUAAAGCGCCAUUAAUCUGGAUUGGAUUGAACCAUUUUGAAUAAACAACAGCUCCGAUGGGUUUGGAAAAGAUUCAAGAACAGCUGGACGAGCAGAGAUGCACAGCAUGCCAAUGUGGGACAAACACAUCCGUGUUGAAUCAGGCUGAGAGGGCAAAAAGUGGCAUUCAACAAAACCUUCAGGAUUAUUCUUGGGAUUGCAAGAACUGCUGUAUUGUAAAAAUGUAUAUCUAAUGUUUGCCGUUAUUUAUUGUCGGUCUAAAAUAAAAGCAGGGGUUUUGUGAUGAUAAA